AUGAACCAACAAGAGCUCAACCUUCAGCAAAGAAAAGCAGCGAUCGAGCAACGAUUAAUUGAGACUGGAGAAAAAGAAAGACUUCUUGAAUACUUACGACAAAAACUUGUUGAAAGCGGCUGGAAAGAUGAACUAAAAAAUUACUGCAAAGGUAACUGCUAAGUAGAGCUAAUAAGAAACAAAGGCUUGGACAGAAUCACUGUUGCAGACUUAGUUGAAGAACUCAAGCCAAGAGCUCGUGCAACAGUUCCUCCUAAAGCGAAAGAAGAACUCUUAGCGAGGAUUAAAAACUUUAUAGAGAAUAACCCUUAA